AUGGCGGUGAAGUUUGUGGACGACACCACUGUGGUGGGUCUCAUUUCCAACAAUGAUGAGACCCAACACAGAGAAGAAAUCCACAAUCUCCCACAGCGUUGCUCCAGGAACAACCUCAUCAAGAACACCAACAAAACCCAAGAGAUUACACUGAAACUGAAGUCAGGAGUGAGAAAUGACAUGGCGAUUGCCUCAGCCGCUUUUCAGGCCAUACAGAACCUGCUGAACCCAGAUUGCUUGCUGCCUGACCCUUUGUCAAAGUCCAUGAGAAAAGCAUUCAGGGUUGAUAAAGUGCCCAUGAAGAGAGUUGAUAAAGUGCCCAUGAAGAGAAAAAUUAGACAACUGUGUGUAGCUCAGAAGUUGGGUUUGGUGGCGGCAGCUUGUGCGAGGUUGACGGCGUAUGAAGGGACCCAGGUAAAGACGAGGUCAUUGAAUAAUCUUAUAUACAGGAGCAGUUUCAGUGCUUCUUCUCUUGUUUUUAAUGCACACGUCUUUUCUGCCCUGUGUUGGGUGUUGCUGUCUUGCGCCCAUGUUUUCCACAAAACAUGGCUGCAGGCCUCUGAGAAGUAUUCUGGCAGGAAGCGCUGUCCAGUGUGAGAAACGUGUGUAAUUCAUGAUGCUGCCCGACUUUUCAGACAUCACUGUGCCACCAGGAUUCAAGCAUACUGGUGAGGCUAAUAUUGUUCAAAAAAGGUACAAAAAUGUCCAAAGAAAUUCAAGUUCCCCAAAGACAAAAAGCUGAGAUGCAAGUUCUUCGAGGAAAAAGAUGAGUUUUUGCAGGAACUGAAUGACAGCUUUGUCCGUUACUGUCACACCGACACGGAGGCUUUUCUGAGUGAUAUCGACCGUUCGCUUGUCAUCAAGCAGACGGGUUUUUCGAGGAGCUGGAGAGAAAAAGGCAUCUCGGAGCCUCAGGAGAACGAGUGGGAGAGACCGAGGAGCCAGCACGCCGUGCUCUUGUCAUAUUCCCACCUCUUCCAUCAGCCUAGUUUAGAGGCCUUCAGAGCAGAUAGCAGACCCACAUGUCCGCUCCGCAGAUCUGCACACCACAGGAAAGUCAUCUCAGGGGCCACCACACCAAGCAAGUCAUCGCAACUUGCCCACAGACUUGGUUUUACAGCUGCGAUUCAAACCGGUGUCUCCCCCGUGUCAAAGACGCAGACUUAG